AUGUUGGAUAGGACAUUGGUGAAUCUUGCUUGUCUUGAUAAAUAUUCAAGUGGUAAGGUCACAUUCUUUACUGAAGAGGUGGAAAAAGUGUGGCUGAAAUCUAUAACAGGCUCUCGUAUGUUUGUGGUUGUACAAAAACUCAAGAGAGUUAAAUCUAUGCUCAAGGUUUUUAACAAGACAGAGAUAGGUGAGAUUGCUUCUGGGGUUGUUCAAAAGCAGCAAAGGUUGAUGCUUAUUCAGGAAGUCUUUCAAGCAUUUAAUGGAAGCUUGAUUGAUCAAGAGAGGAAAGUAGAAUACUGUCAACAUAAGAACCAGGAGUACCACUAUAUUACCUUUAAAAAAAGCAGUCUUAAAGACCAGUUCAUGCCGUUCAUUUCAGACUUGAUCAGUAGGUUCACACUUAUUAACUUACCUGUGAAGGGUGAUCGACUAACUUGGGAUAACCACCGUGAUGGUGCGAACCACAUUAAGUCAGCCCUAGAUGUAGCUCUAGUGAAUGGGGAUUGGCUCGGUCUCUUCCCGAAGAAGGUCCAAUUCGAGAAACUCGAUACUCGUAUUGCUAAUCUGGAACGCCAUCUGAAGGAGAUCCAGGACUCACCUACAGGAUCGAGGGAAUGGAAAGAGGAGGUUGAGAAUAGGAAAAAUCUCAAUGAAGCGCUUAGGCAAAGGGCCAUUUACUGGCAGCAAAGAGCCCGUAUCUCUUGGAUUAGAGAGGGAGACAAGUGCUCCAAAUUUUUCUUCACUACGGCUACAAUCAGAAAUAGACGUAAUGCAGUGGAGAGUAUAAUGAAUAGGGACGGGGUGUGGAUUAGUAACAGGAGAGACAUUGGCAAGGAAUUCUCUGGUUUUUUGGGGAGUAUUUUCACCAAUAUUGUUAAGGGGCCACUGGAACGUCUGGACUAUCUUAUAGGAGAUCACCUCUCGGCAAUUGAUCAAAAUGACCGCUUGAUAAUCCUAGAUUAUGAGGAAAUUCUCCAAACUUUAUUCUCCAUGGGGAGUUUUAAGGCUCCUGGGCCCGAUGGUAUGUCGGCCUUAUUCUAUAAUCAGUAUUGGAGCUCGGUAGGUGAAGAUUUCUGUGAAGCAGUUCGUGAUUUCUUCGUUUCGGGUGUAAUGCAUAAGGGCAUUAAUGCGACUAACUUAAUACUCAUCCCCAAGGUGCCCAAUCCGAAGAAAGUGACUCAGUUUAGGCUAAUCUCCCUUUGCAAUGUGGUUUAUAUGGUGAUAUCUAAGAUCAUUGCCAACAGAAUAAGACUGAUUCUCCCAAGAGUGAUCUGUCCCACUCAAGCGGUGUUUGUCCUGGGGAGGAGUAUUAAUGAUAAUGAUAUUCUGGUCCAGAAGAUCAUCCACUCUCUUAAGCUAAAGAAAGGUAAAGAGGGUUUGUUUGCAAUCAAAAUAGACUUGGUGAAAGCUUAUGACAAGCUCAGAAGGGCAACCGUGGCUGAGGCUAAGGGCUUUUGGCAAUGUUUGGAGAAGUUCUGUGAGUGGUCAGGACAACGUGUCAAUAAGCUUAAGACGUCUAUUUUCUUCAGCAAGAACACCAGUUAUGGCAUGAGAAGAGGGAUCAUGCAUGAACUUGGUAUAAAUAUGGCUGAUUCCAACAUCAAUUAUCUAGGCCUCCCGUUGUUUGGAUCCAGGCAGAAAAAUGCUGAUUUCAAUUUCAUUGUUGAGAACCUUGUCUUGAAGCUUCAUGGGUGGAAACUGAAAUCCCUAUCUAAGGCCGGGCGGGCUACGUUAAUCAAAUUAGUGGGGAUGGCUUUACCGAUUUACACGAUGCAAACAACUAGGCUUUCUAAGAAGCUGGCCUCAAAAAUUGAUGGUAUGUUUAGAGACUUCUGGUGGGGUUGUGAGCAGGGAAACAUGGGUAUUUGCCUGAAGGCAUGGGACCGUCUUUGCCUUCCAAAGUCUAGGGGAGGCCUGGGUUUCCGUAAAACUUUGGAAAUGAACUAG